AUACAUCGCCAUCGCUAGACAGGACUCCCUCCCUCUCUUCAUCCGUCAGCUCGUUAUCUAAUCUUCCUUCCUGUCCUGUCCUGUCCUCUACUGCCGUUGCUGCUGUCCCAACUGUACUGCUAGGUCACUCAAGAACGCGCCUGAUUUGCUGUUUCUACUGCGCCGUGGUAAAGCUAUGGAUUCCGCCCUGCUAUCUAUUGCUUCUGCUCCGCCAUUCGCUUCGCGCUCCGUGGCCGCCAAUCUCAAGGCAAAUCCGAAGCUCGGAAAUUGCAACCAGUCUACAUUUCUGGGGAAAGAAUUUGUUAAGACAAAGUCUUUCACCAGGGCACGCAUGAGUGUAGCUGUUGAGACUUCCAGAUUUAAUGACAUAACUAUGGCUCCUCCCGACCCCAUUCUCGGAGUUUCUGAAGCAUUCAGGGCAGAUACAAAUGAAAUGAAGCUUAAUCUUGGUGUGGGUGCCUAUCGAACUGAAGAACUUCAGCCCUAUGUGCUCAAUGUUGUGAAGAAAGCAGAAAAUCUUAUGCUGGAGCGUGGUGAAAACAAAGAGUACCUACCAAUUGAAGGUUUGGCUGCAUUUAACAAGGUCACGGCAGAGUUAUUAUUUGGUGCUGAAAAUGCUGUUAUUCAACAACAAAGAGUUGCCACCGUGCAGGGUCUUUCAGGAACUGGGUCUCUGCGGCUUGCUGCAGCAUUCAUAGAGAGAUAUUUUCCUGGUUCUAAAGUUUUGAUAUCAUCUCCAACAUGGGGGAACCACAAGAAUAUAUUUAAUGAUGCACGAGUUCCAUGGUCUGAGUAUCGUUAUUAUGAUCCCAAAACUGUUGGUUUGGAUUUUGAAGGGAUGAUCUCCGACAUCAAGGAAGCACCAAAUGGAUCGUUUGUGUUGCUUCAUGGCUGUGCACACAACCCAACUGGCAUUGACCCCACUCCAGAACAAUGGGAAAAAAUUGCUGAUGUCAUUCAGGAGAAGAACCACAUACCAUUCUUUGAUGUUGCGUACCAGGGUUUUGCAAGUGGAAAUCUGGAUAAAGAUGCAUCAUCUGUGAGGUUAUUUGUUGCCCGAGGCAUGGAGGUUUUCAUAGCUCAGUCUUACAGUAAGAAUUUGGGUCUAUACGCUGAAAGGAUUGGAGCAAUCAACGUUGUUUGCUUGUCAUCUGAUAUUGCACUAAGGGUGAAAAGCCAAUUGAAAAGGCUGGCUAGGCCAAUGUACUCAAAUCCUCCUGUACAUGGAGCAAGGGUUGUUGCUCACGUUGUUGGGAAUCCCGAGCUCUUUAAUGAAUGGAAAGAAGAGAUGGAAUUGAUGGCUGGAAGGAUAAAGAGUGUUAGACAGAAACUACAUGAUAAUCUGACCGCAAAGGAUAACAACCAGAAAGACUGGUCUUUUAUCCUCAAACAGAUCGGAAUGUUUUCAUUUACUGGCCUCAGCAAAGCUCAGAGUGAGAACAUGACGAACAAGUGGCACAUAUAUAUGACCAAGGAUGGGAGGAUAUCCUUAGCUGGAUUAUCUGCAGCCAAAUGUGAGUACCUUGCUGAUGCUAUUCUGGAUUCAUACUAUAAUGUUAGUUAGAUUCGAAUUUCGACUGUUAGCAGCUGGUAUUUGUCCCAUUCUGCCUACCAUUUGAACCUCAGGAAGUUUGAUAAGGUAUUCAAUUUUGCAUUUGAGUCUCCUUUGAUAAUGCUUGGAGAAAGCAAUUUCAAUUUGACUUGGAAUUUUGUGUUACCUCUCUGGAUUGGCAAGGGGUAAAUAAUAAAUUGUACUUUGUGAAAAUUUGAAGUUUGAGUUGAUUAUGACAAAAAGAAACCCCCACCCCUGGUUAGAUACAAUAGUAAUUUGUAACCAUUGCUGCAUGCAUUUGCUUUGAGUGAUAACAAAUUGUUCUGAACUCAGAAACACUUCUUGGUAGCAAAUCGACGCUGUGGAGAUUUUCUCUUGUAA